UCAUUAGAGAAUUAACAAAGUUUUGAAGCAGAGGGAGGAAUGUUCAAUACUAGAAAAUUAAGACCAAAAAGUCAACAUCACUUUUAUAAGAGAAAAAAACGAGUACAACUGUAACAUUUACUUCGACUUUAUCUACGAGAGUAUUGAACAAGUGGGAUGCAAUUGACAACCUAAAUCAUGGCUCAUAGUUACAAAUUAUAUAUGACUAAUCAUUUUCCUUUUCUCUUAAAGUUGUUUAUAGUUUAGACAAUAAUAAUAGGAGAUGAAGAGAAUGUGAUGCUACUAACUCUUAUUUAAAUGAGGAAUAUAAACAAGAUCUGGUCCUGACAUUGUUAUGAAUCUUCAAACUCAGGACACAAACCAAGAUCUCGUGUAGAGGAAAAAAAACCUUUCCUCCAUGUUUAAGUUUUGAGCUUCUGGUUGGUUUCAAGUCCUGUGGAGAAAAAUGUCACCAUUUUUGAAGUUCUUUCUCUUUCUCUAUGAUUAUCUUUCACCUUCCUCUUUCUUUCUGGUCCAAAGAAAUACCUUAGGAGCAUCAUUAGAUACUACAGAUGGGGUUGUGAGAAGUGGCAUAAUUGGAGAGAUUAUAUACAUUUGGAAGCAGACAAGAAUCUUUGUCUUUAUACCAAUCUUGAAAUGCUUAGUGACAAUAUGUUUGGUAAUGUCCCUUUUGUUGUUCAUAGAAAGAGUUUAUAUGAGCAUAGUAGUAGUGUUUGUGAAAUUACUUAGACGAACACCUGAGAAAGUACACAAGUGGGAACCUAUAAACGAUGAUGACCUUGAGCUUGCCAAUACAAACUACCCAAUGGUUCUCAUUCAGAUCCCAAUGUACAAUGAAAAAGAGGUUUGUCAGUUAUCUAUAGGAGCAGCCUGUAGACUUUCUUGGCCAUUGGAUCGAAUGAUAGUUCAAGUACUUGAUGAUUCCACAGAUCCAGCUAGUAAGGUCCUUUGUUCAAUUUUUUUCCCCCCAAAAAUCUUUGGUUUAUAUGUAUGAUUGGUUCCUCAACUAUAUAUGGAACGUUUUUGACAUAUGAAAUGAUUUGGAAAAGACAGGAAUUGGUGAAUGCGGAAUGUGAUAAAUGGGCGAGGAAAGGUAUAAACAUAAUGUCAGAGAUUAGAGACAACAGAAUUGGAUACAAAGCAGGAGCAUUAAAGGCAGGAAUGAUGCACAACUAUGUGAAACAAUGCGAAUUCGUCGCCAUUUUCGAUGCUGAUUUUCAGCCUGAUCCUGACUUUCUUGAACGAACCAUUCCUUUUCUUAUUCACAACCAUGAAAUCUCUCUUGUUCAAUGCCGUUGGAAGUUUGUGAAUGCAAACGAGUGCUUAAUGACAAGAAUGCAAGAGAUGUCACUAAACUACCAUUUUGUGGCUGAGCAAGAAUCUGGAUCUUCAAUACAUGCUUUCUUUGGAUUCAAUGGAACCGCGGGUGUAUGGAGAAUCGCAGCUUUAAACGAAGCUGGAGGAUGGAAAGAUCGAACAACCGUAGAAGAUAUGGAUUUAGCAGUAAGAGCUUGUCUUCAUGGUUGGAAAUUUGUCUAUGUCCAUGACGUCGAGGUGAAAAAUGAAUUGCCAAGUACAUUCAAAGCAUACAGGUUUCAGCAACAUAGAUGGUCUUGUGGACCAGCUAAUCUAUGGAGGAAGAUGACAAUGGAAAUCUUACAGAACAAGAAAGUGUCGGCCUGGAAGAAAUUGUAUCUCAUAUACAAUUUCUUCUUCAUAAGGAAGAUUGUAGUACACAUCUUCACAUUUGUCUUCUACUGUCUGAUAUUACCAACAACUGUGCUAUUCCCUGAGCUCCAAGUUCCUAAAUGGGCAACUGUUUAUUUUCCUACUACAAUCACUAUCCUUAACGCAAUCGCUACACCUCGAUCACUCCAUCUUCUUGUCUUUUGGAUCUUAUUCGAGAAUGUAAUGUCGAUGCAUCGCACAAAAGCGACAUUCAUCGGGUUACUAGAGGCAGGACGGGUUAACGAAUGGGUUGUUACUGAAAAAUUAGGUGACACUCUCAAGUCUAAGUUAAUAGGUAAAGCUACAACUAAGCUUUAUACCAGAUUUGGACAAAGACUCAACUGGAGAGAACUCGUUGUUGGAUUAUAUAUAUUCUUCUGCGGAUGUUACGAUUUCGCAUAUGGAGGAUCAUACUUUUAUGUUUAUCUGUUUUUACAGUCUUGUGCAUUUUUUGUUGCUGGAGUUGGUUAUAUUGGCACAUUUGUUCCAACUGUUUAGAUUAGACUUUUGUAUUUGAGAGCAAAUGUGUUUUUGCUAUUUGAUUAGACCAAAUUAGAGAUUGGAUCUUGGUUACUUAAACCAAGUUAACUCUUCCAAUAUUCAUACUCAAAAUGUAAUUUUUUAAAUGGUGUUAUGAUCUUAAAAUUUGGUUAUCGAUCAUAUUCAUACGUAACAUUUUAU